GAAUGAGUUAGUCAGUUUCUAUUUUAUUCAUGUACUCGUUAGAAAAUUUUUUCUUAUUUAUUCGUCAAAUGUAAAACAUGUCUCGUUUACUUAUAAUUUGAAAAAGAUAUGGACAGUGUAAAUCUGUGAUUGAUAAUAAUGAAAAAGAUAUGUGUAUCGUGAGUUAUUUGAUUAGUAACUGGUAAACAACACAAUGUAUAUGAGAGAGCCUUUUGUUUAGUUAUUAUAUUUAUUGAGAUUGAGAGAGAGAGGGAAAGAGAGAAAGAGAGAUAGACAGAUUCACAUCUUAUAUUUUCUUAUUAGUAUCUCUCUCCCUCUUUCUCUCUCGUUUUCUUAUUCUUAGAGUAGUCGUCUUCUAGACGUCAAAGAAAACGCUCGGAACGUGCGUUAGACUCUUGCUUAUAAAUACAUACACUCGUUCGUUUCAAUAGCCGCUUGCGACGGCCACGUUUGACGUAAUAACACGAGAGAGUUCGCAGUAGCGAUCGAUCGAGGAGAGAGCGUGGAAUAAGAAAAACGAGCUGAGGAAAACGAUUUUUCUUAAUCUUUUUAAGAAGAAUAAGAAGAAAAAAUGAAGAGGAAGUAGUGAGUUUGAUUGUGAACAUUUGCAAGAUAUUCAAGACAUUUAAGUCGAUCUCUUUUCUAUCUUAUCGUAUUACUUGGUCCAUCAAUCUCUUUUACUUUCGGGUACUUCCCUAUCUCUCUUUGAUAUGUACUUGAUGUAAUAAAAAAGGGAGAAGGCAUUAUCAGUUAUCAAGAAGCGAAAUGUGUCGGGAUUGGUUUCAACGCGUUCGACAAAAAUUCUACUUCCGUCUUAAGAAUUUGGAGGAACGCUAAAAGAAAGAAAGAAAGAAAGGAAGUGAAGGGAUAGAGAAUCGAAGAAGAAGAAGAAGAAGAAGAAGAAGAAGAAGAAGAAGAAGAAGAAGAAGAAGAAGAAGAAGAAAAAGGAAGAAGAAAUGUUUGGCUUUCAGAGUCCAUUCACGAGAACAUCUCGCGGGAUAAAUUCCACGUCGGCUUUAAAUUCAAAAACAAAGAAAAAUAAAGAAUCUCCGAAGAGAAGAGCUUCGGAAGCAACCAGUGAAGGAUCUGGAUCAUCGUCUAUCAGAUACAUCGAUCAAGAGGCUUCGGUAUCGGAAGGUAGUAGUACCGAUACGUUACCAGGGAUUAGGAUCGAUUAUUUGGACGUUGAUCCUUUGUCACCUGAACCAAGAGAUUCAUUGACCUCGCCUAACGAUGUAACCGUACAUUUAAAUGGUAUCGACGUUCUCAAGGAUAUAUCUUCAGCUAAUUGUUCGUCACCGUCAUCUGGCAAUGGCAAUUUAACCGCCAAUAAUAUUACAAAUAAUACCGAAUUAUCAUCGUCAACAUCAAGAUCAACGUCCUCGUCGUCAUCCUUAUCACCGGGUGCUGUCGAAACGAGAAACGAUCCUUUAACGACUAGAUUUUCUUCUACGGACGAUGGAAAGACCGAAACCGAAGAAGAAGAUGGUGCCGCCGAAGGUGCUUCUUCCAGAGUAUCCCUUCUCUCUCCGAUAAACGUGACCAAUCGUUCUACGAGCGAUGAUUUACUUUCUAUUGAAAAUGGAUUCGAUGCUAGCGAAGAGGAGGAAGAGGAAGAUGACGAUUACGAGGAAGAGGAUAACGCUGAAACCGAAGAAGCUUCCUCGUUACCUUCCAGUCCCGCUGCUGCAUCGAAAGUUGUUUUAACAUCGUCGAGUACCGUUCCUUAUUACGAAUUUCUUUCUGUUAAUGGUUGUACAAUCAGACAAGAAACAACCAGUACAAGUUCGCCACAACUUUCAACCGGACUUUGUGUUCCCACGACGAGAUCGUCUAGUUGCGAAUCGGCUAGCAGCGAUAAUACCAGAGAUCCCUUCGACGAUAAUUCUUUAAGCGCUUGUUAUUCCAUGCUCGACGAUAAUUCUAUGGAGGUUGAUUCUAUAAUCAAUUCAUGUCCAGUUACUAUUAGUUUAACUCCACCCAAAGUACCUGCUGCACGUUCUUGUAAUAUUUUAGAAAGACUUUUAGAAGACAUUUAUACCAUCGGUACUCCUGAACCUUUAGCCGGAUACGGUCCUAGAUUUAAACUUUUGGAAGAGGGAGACGUUCAAGUUUAUUAUUUCGAUCAUGACGAUCGUACACUCGUCAGGAAGAUCAUGUUCAUUAAAUUUUUACGACGUUGGGAAACUCAUCAUAUUUAUUUGAACGACGAUUGCUUAUCCUCGAAAACGGCUACUGGUUUCUUACAACAACCAAUUCCAUAUAGCAGUUUUUAUGUUGAAAAGUACGCCGUCGGUAGAUUGGGUACAACGUAUAAAAGUUGCUUAAGAAUAUAUUUAGGUAAUGGCUCAUUGUUAUUGCAAGCAAAUGAUUCUUAUACGAGGGACCAGUGGUAUCAUUCUAUAAAUUGGAAGAAAAGUCUCUUCCAAUUUAAACACAAAGCAUCGGUGAGCACAAAAAACGUUGUCCUACGUGAAUUACGUUUAAUGGUAGAAUUCGCAUUGUCUACGCCGCUUCAGGAUGAAAGAGUAGCUUGUGCAGCCAUGGAGGCCGUAGCAAAAUUAUUGGAGGCACCUUGGGGUUCUAAAUCAUUAAUAGAGCAAGAUGACGAGGAAAAAGAGAAAAUAGAAGUGACAAAAGAAGAGGAAGGAAGUUGGGCUCUGUUCAUUUUGCCAGUUGCCGCGCCGCUCCUCGAAAAAGCUGCUCCACCUGCUGCAUUAGCUCGUGUAUUAGCUAGAUUAGUUCGACAACAUCCUAAAUUUCGUUUAGUAAAGUACCUCGCUCCGGCUAUCACCAGGUGCCUCAAACAUACCGUUGAUUUUGGCAAGUCUCCGGAUAUGAGAAAACUCUUGCAAGUUUUUGUUGCCGCUCUAUACGAUAGUAACGAGGGUAACGAUGGUGAAAGAGCGAUCAGGGAAUAUAUUGCUUCCGUUCAUGGACCUGGAAGUGAUUGUCCUCAUCCAAGAGUAUUACCAAACUUGGUCUCAGUCUGUGUUGCUGCUAUAUUUCAUAGGUUCGAAGAUGGCAAUUGUGGUGGUUCAAAUGGAGGCGAGGAUAAACCAUCCUCGACAUUACCACCUCUUGAUUGUUACCUUUUAGUUUUAAAUGUUGCAUCAGAAUAUGCUGACUGGAGACCAGGUUUAGCUGGUUUGUUACAACCAGUACCAUUUCCUGAAGAAGCUCUUACCGUUAAGGAAGUACAGAAAUCGAUUCUUGCUCGUGCUAUUCGACGUUUGGCUAAGGAUUCGAGAUGUGCGGUUCAUCAAGUUCUCCUUCCAGUCAGAGAACCACGUCCAGGUUGGCUUCACAUAGCUGCACCAUCCAGUCCUGCUUGUCCUGAUCGUGGCGAACUAUUUGGCGAAAUGCUGACUACACUUCUGGCAUGCUGUUGUCGAAGAAAAAGAUUUGUUGGCUCGUUGAUGAAACAAGCUAAAGACGAUUGUAUUCUCCUUGCUGUCAGAGGAUGCGGUGCUGCCCAAGAAGCACUAUGCCUUAUGCUCGAGUGGCGUCUACUGCCAAACGAAGAAGCUAGGCUUCAGAUAGUCAAUGCCCUCGAAUCUACUCCUUCUGGUAAAACCCGUUACGCUGCACUCUGUCAGAGGCAAAGGAAUUUACAAGAAUUGCAACAAAAAGGUGGUCCAAGAAAAUUGACACUUCCAGUACGGGCAACAGACGCCGACGUUGCCCUCCUACUUGGUGGACGUGCUUUAGGUAAUUUAGAGUGUCUCAGUUUAGCCUUUACAUCUGUUACAUCCGCCUGUGCCGAACAGUUGAUUAAAUUACCAGCGUUGAGGUAUUUAAAUCUCUGGGCUACUCAAUUUGGAGACGCUGGCUUGCAAAUGAUCAGCGAACAUUUGCAAAAAUUACAAGUAUUAAAUCUCUGUGAAACACCAGUUUCGGAUAAAGGCAUCUCUACUUUAGCUUCUCUGACAAAUUUAAGAAAGUUAAAUUUGAAUAGUACCAAACUCUCGGCUCAGACUUUCGAAUCAUUGAAGAAAAGAUUACCGGCAUUGCAAGAAUUUGAUGUUCGUUAUACGGAAGCUUGGUGACCAGAACCUAUAUCGAGCCGGAACCAUUAAAAGACAUCAGUUUGUUCAGGAUGUAGAAACAUCGUAAAAAAUGUUAAAUACGUUAGUUCGACGAAUAGAGAAAAAGGUUCAUUUUCACUUAGAUAUUAAUCCAUAAAAUUCGCAUUUUUCUCUUUAUCUAUCUUUCUCUAUCUCUCGACGUUCUCGAAAUCAUCUUAUUUAAAACUUUUGCAUUCAUUCGUCAUAUAUAUUUCCCCUUUUGUAAAAACUCUAACACAUAAUGUUAUAUACUCUCUUGAUCGAUAAGAUCGAUCUUGGAGAAGAUAAAAAUUCUUUUAUUUGUCAAAGAUAAAAAUACAUACGUACGAAUAUGAAAUAAUUGUUGUUAAAAGAAGCCAUUUAAAAAAGGGGUCAACUUCUCUCUGUGUCUUUUAAAUCUUACAUAUCACAGCUGCCGUUUCCAUGUUAUUAAAUGCCAAGAAGAGAGAGAGAGAGAGAGAGAGAGAAAGAAAAAAAAACAACAAACGUGUGGUGAUAAACUUUCCAAUUCUUCUUCCGCGAGUAAUAUAAUAAUAAUGAUAAUAAUAAUAACAAACGAUAAUAAAAUAAAUUACGUCUUUAAAUUGGAUAAUUUCCUACAAGGAUAACUAUCUUAUAUAUAUAUAAACACGUAUAUUUUUUUUUUCGUUUUUUUUUCCCCUCUAAUUCAAAGACACUUCUCCAGCGAGAGAAAAGAAUUUAACAGGCGAAUCUAGAGGAGCGGCGAUCGCUACGUUCAAAAACGUGAAUAAAUAAUUAAAUAAAUAAAUGUAUACUUUGAGUGAUAUUGUGAAUAAUCAUGGAAAUUGUCUAAGAUGAUAAUGAGAAAUAAUUGUUAAUGAGAAGAUCUAAAAAGAAAAGAAAAAAAAAAACAAGAAAAG